CGAAGAGCUUAUACCACAUCCUCCAUCUUCCUUUCGUCAACUAUAGUAUUAUGUUCAUCCUGCACACUCAAUGCUCUUUAAUCCUAAUGAUCCUAGCUGGUUCAAUCAUUUCAGUUCAGAGGACCUCGUGGAAAUAAAAGAACAUGUUAAUCACUCACUGAAUAAUGACCUUUCUAAAGAACUGGAAGAUAUAUUAUUAUUACUAAAUCAAAAGAUAACAUUCAGAGCGAUUUAUGAUGUUAUGGAUGCUGUACCUGCGGACCCAGUUAAUAAUAAAGAAAAGUAUUGGUUCAAAAAUAGCAUAAUUAAUUACAUUAUGCUCUUCAUCAAUGGACCUACUAUAGUACCGUUCAAAUCUGAAGAAGAUCUUUUAGAUGAUGUUUAUGGUUUCAUCAAAACCAGUAAACAACUAAGUCAUGCAUAGCAUUGAUACUGUGAGAGAAGAAGCUGUCUUGACUAAUAUGAAUAUUUUGAUUUUAUAAAUAGAAAAACAGAAAGUACUGCAUCUUCUGGAGAAAUUAACAAAGAUCGACUGAUUGGAUCAAUAAACAAAAUCAACAGGAAUAUAGCAGCUAAUCAUGCUGAUUUGGUCUUCAAAUAU